AUGGUAGAAGAACCCACCAACAUUACCUCACCUAAUAGUGAGAAACCUGUUUCACAUUUCCUCAAUUUCUCCGAUCAAAAUAAUCCUUAUUGGAUAGAAAAUGGGGAUAAUAUAGCGGCUAUCCUAGUCACUGAUCUUCUAACCACAGAGAAUUAUGUUACUUGGUCUAGAGCUAUGCGAAGAGCACUCAGAGCUAAGAACAAGAUUGGUUUUAUUAAUGGAGACAUUAAGAAGCCUACAAGUCUGGAUGAUCUUCUCAUGGAAGCUUGGGAACACUGCAAUAAUGUGGUAGUGUCUUGGAUUCACAACUCUAUAAGUAACUCAGGAAAAUCAAGCUUAGCUUUCGUUGAUGAUGCUUAUGCCAUUUGGAGUGAGUUGCAAGACAGAUUGUCACAGCAAAAUGUACCACUUAUUUUUCAAUUAAAGAAAUCCUUGGCAAGUCUUUCACAAGGGGAUGAAUUAAGCAUUUAUUUUGGAAAAAUUAAAACUAUUUGGGAUGAACUCAUUAUGUAUGAUCUUAUGCCUGAAUUAGGAGAAGCAACCAAGAUGAUUUUUGGCACUCCUUCUCCUGACCUUAUGCCUAUGCUUACUAAGAAAAAAUUUGGCACCUUCAAACCUGGUAAUAGGCGUGAGACGCCCUAUUGCACACAUUCUAGGAUAUCAGGACAUGUUUUAGAUACCUGUUUUAAGGCUGGGAAUGCUGAGGCUCCUGUGUGUAAUCGCUGCCACAUAAGUGGACCUAUGGUAGACAAAUACUAUAAGUUGCAUGGGUAUCCACCAGGGCAUAAGCUGUAUAACAAAGCAAAGGGACCUAGUGUUUUCGUUGCUUAG